AUGGAGUGGCUAGGAACCGCCUCAUCUAAGAAGACGUCCUCGGGUUCCUCGACGCUCUGCUAUGGGUCUAUCGCGACCACAGCUCCACGGAGUUACAUUCUCGGUGACUUCUCUCACCAGCCCCCAUUUCUAUGCUCCCUGGAGUUGGCCCUGGAUACAGCCUAUGAAUAUCUGGAGUUGGGGCUGAAGAAGCUGAGACCCCAGGGGCCUGGGGACCAGGACCGGGAGAAGGGCUCCCCACCCUCUCCAGAACCCUCCUUGACGCUGGUGCUGAGAGAAGCAAUGGGAAGUGCCUUGAGCUUUGGAACUACCCUGCUGCAGAUCUCAGCCCUAUGGCUACAGCUGGAGACUUGGCGCCUCUGUGGCUGCAGCGGCCGAAGCCACAAAUCGAGCUCGGGGAACCCUGGGUGAUUGUUGUCCCGAGUGGCAGCGGCUGCAGGCAGGGACGUGAGGGAGGCGGGAGCCUCAGCCAAAACUAGCGUGCAGCUCCUCUUCCGCGGGGCAUGGUUCUGUUUGCCAGCAGGGCUGGGAUUUACGGGAAUUCACACUGCCCCGGGAAGACCGCUUCGUUCCUAUGGCCCUGGCGCAUUGGGCUGA